AUGAGUGAUGAAAAUGGUGCUUCUUUUUAUGGUGCAGACUAUAAUCAUAGAUUCCAACAAAGAUAUCCAAAUUCUCAGCGACGUGGUGUUGAUGUAAAAGCAAAAUCCCAAAAAUUCGUCGAAUUAACGAAUACAAUGAAAAUAUUUCAAAAAGAAGAGAUAGAAAAAGUUAGAACAGAGCUUCUAAGAGAUGUAGAGAAUCUAGAAAGCAAUCUUCACAACUCCUUAAUAAAAUUAAAUUUUGUAUGUCAACAAGAAAAAUCGUAA